GAACUUCACAUAAUUAUAAUAUCUUGUGUUUCUGUGUGACCCGCAAUCUACAGAGAAAUAUUUGUAUUUGAACGGGAAUGAGGAAGAGAUUUAAUAAAGACUAUAAAACAAAUAAGGGAAAUUUAGUUUUAGACAUUCGCAGGUCAUUUCAAGGUGAACUUCUCCUCGCAUAAAACAGAUGGGUCUGACACUGAAAACAAACACAUGCAAAAAAUAUCUGACUCUCUGUAAGAAUCAAAGCUUGCUUGAAAGAAGAGUUGACACAAACUGUUAUGGUCGGGAUAAAGCGUGAACUACAGAUUCGAGCCUGCUGGGAGGAGGAGUGGUUUCAUCCAGAAGGAAGUACUAUGCCACAGAAAGGGAAGGGAGUACGGGCUUUUUCCAGACCUUCUGCUGAAUCUCUCAUGUUGCGAUGAGGAAAGGAGGGUUUUUCUAUCGAUGUUGUUGACUUAAAAAUACAACCAGUGCAAACUAACUGAGUUUACAAAAAAUAUGCACACUUCUUAUGCUCGGUUAAAAAAUCUCCAUUCUUCCUCAUGUAAAUCAAGGUUUAGACAAAUAAUCUGUCUGGCUCACGGUCUCCAGCAUUCUAGAUCCAUACAGAAUUGAUUUCACCUAAUCAGCGCCAUCCUUUAAAACAAACCAAAAUAAACCCAGUCCAAUUUGGCAAAAAUGAGAUGUCAUCACAUCUGUAAGCUACCAGGAAGAGUUAUGGGAAUCCGACUACUGCGCUUCUCUUCUGUGGUGAUCUUUCUCUUACUCCUCGUGGCAGGUGCUUUAAUGGCUUUGCUUCCUAACACUAAAGAUGACAAAAUGCCCAAUUUGCGAAGGGAACGAAAAUCCCAGGGCCAAUCUGCCUUGGAUUCAUUUACUCUUGUUAUGCAGACGUACAAUAGGACUGACUUAUUGUUGAAGCUCUUAAAUCAUUAUCAAGCCAUCCCCCAUCUACACAAAGUGGUUGUUGUGUGGAACAACGUUGGGGAGAAGAUACCAGAGGAAAUGUGGAAUUCCCUGGGACCCCAUCCUGUACCUGUUGUCUUCAAAGUGCAGACCGUGAAUCGCAUGAGGAACAGACUCCAGAUCUUCCCGGAAUUGGAAACACAAGCUGUUUUAAUGAUGGAUGAUGACACACUGAUUAGUGCCUAUGACCUUGCUUUUGCCUUCUCUGUUUGGAAGCAAUUUCCAGAUCAGAUAGUGGGAUUUGUUCCUAGAAAACAUGUUUCCACUUCUUCAGGUAUAUACAGUUAUGGCAGCUUUGAAUUGCAGACACCUGGAUUUGGAAAUGGGGACCAGUACUCCAUGGUUCUCAUAGGAGCAGCAUUCUUUCACAGCGGAUACCUAGAACUCUUUCAAAAGCAGCCUGAUGCUGUUCAUGCUUUGAUAGAUGAAACUCAAAACUGUGAUGAUAUUGCCAUGAAUUUUCUAGUGGCAAAGCAUACUGGAAAGCAUUCAGGAGUGUUCGUGAAACCUGUUGACAUAAGGAAUUUAGAAAAAGAGACUAACAGUGGUUAUUCCGGAAUGUGGCACCGAGCAGAGCACUUGCUACAAAGAUCUUACUGUCUAAAUAAAUUGGUUAAUAUUUAUAACAGUAUGCCAUUAAAAUAUUCUAACAUUAUGAUUUCUCAGUUUGGGUUCCCUAAUUAUGCCAAUCACAAGAAUAAAAUGUAAGAAUGUAUAGUAUAAGGGGUAUAAGUUACACAUCAAACAGUAAAUUCAAAUCAGUGUAAGUUAAAUGCUGAGGGACCAGAAGGCAUGCAUUACUCCAGCUUGUCCUUCUUUACACAUAGCCUCUGAAUUUAGCCCGCAGUAAUUUCUUUCCCCAGUGUAAGUUAUUGAGAAAGUUUAAAGAACAGUGUGUGUGUAAUGUUCACUUACCAUAAAAUCACCUUAAUCUCUUAAUACUUGAGAAGCUGUUAUUGUCAAAAUUACAGGGCCAGAUCUUCAAAAGCAUGUGCAGAAAAAUGCAUAAUCACUUGGUGCGCACAUAUGAAGAACUUAACUUCUAUUUCUUUAGAAUAUAUUUACCCAAUCAAAUGACAUUUUGGCAUAUUUGUGUUGUUUAUAUAUAUAUAUAUCGCUUAUGAGACUGUUCUAUUUUUCUCAACAAUUUCUAGUGAAAACUUUUAAGGGUUACACUGAGCUGUUUGCAAGAGUAUUAGACUUGGUUAUAAAACUCCUCAAAGCUUGUAUGUUAACUACUGUUCUUCAGCGUGAAAUGUUCCUGAGGUUCCAAUCAAACCAUAAGCCUAACUAAGUCAUGGAACAAAGAACAGUCUCAGUAUCAAACAUCUCUAGGAGCCUCGCCUACAACACUGGCCACUGAGGGGUUAUGGAGCAUGAUGUGGCUGAUGCCGCCUUUUCUCCUAUCAUUACUUUGCCCAGUCACUGGGACGCUGCUCAGUAACUGAAAGGUAAAAGUUCUAAUUGCUAACUUGGGAAAGAUAAUGAACAUGGAAAGCAUAUAUCAUAAGAAAUGUAGCUUACGUUACCACAUAUGCAGCCAAAAGAGACAGGUGCCAUAUUUGCCAUUUACUACAGCCUUUAGAACUUACUCUUAUAUCUGUAUUUUGCAUGUACAGUAGAACCUCAGAAUUAUAAAUGCCUCGGGAAUGGAGGUUGUUUGUAACUCUAAAAUGUUCCUAACUGAACAAAACAUGGUUGUUCUUUCAAAAGUUUACAGCUGAACAUUGAUUUAGUACAGCUUUGAAACUUUGCUAUGCAGAAGAAAAAUGCUGCUUUCCGGGUUUGUUUGGUUUUUUUUAGUAGUUUAGAUUUAACAUUGUACUGUAUUUGCUAUUUUUUUUUUUUUUUGGUCUCUGCUGCUGCCUGAUUGUAUACUUCUGGUUCCAAAUGAGGUAUGUGGUUGACUGCUCAGUUCGUAACUCUGAGGUUCUACUGUACUUUAUAUUGGAGAAGUGUGCCUGAAAAGCAACUCAGAUUUUAAAAAGAAUGUUUUAAGUAUAAUUGUUGGUAGUAACUACAGAUAAACUCGAUUUUGUCUGUUUAGCUGUUUUGCAUCUGAUCCAGAAGGUAUAUUUUGUAAGCAUACAGGUCUACUUUUAUUUUGUUUUACUGUUUGAACUGAAUAUAUUCUAUUUUUAUUUCCUUCACCUGUUUUCAAAUGGCAAAGCUAAUAAACAUCUAUGAUAAAAAAUAAAAUGUUGUGUAGUUAAUGGAGACAUUAGGAAAUAUGUUGUAGGCUACACACCUGCACUGGCGAGGACUGGACUAGAUGACUUGUUGGGUCUUUUCAGUCUCUGAAUUCUCCGGUCAUGGCUACGUUAAAUGGACUUGUUACCAUUGGCUGUUAUCAGCUUGGGACUGCUGAACUAGUACUGGAAAUAUUUAAAAUGUUAGGGUAUAUAGGACAAAGCCAUUAUAAAAAAUAUUCAUGGGACGUGGAAGAAAUAAUCUAUGGCAAUGUAAUUUAGACACUGACAGAUCAGAUCAGUGAGCCUUAGUGGAACCAAGUCUCAGAACUAAAAAGGAGCUAGUCCCAUCUACACUAGCAGUAAAAAUUGUUCUAAAUGCUGUGGCAGACAACCAUUGUCAGGAAUGAGUCAUUUUCCUAGCGUAGACAUGGUUUAUGAUUAUCAUUCCUGUAACAGGUUAGCUGAGCAAAAAGGACUCUUAGGUAAUGUCAGAAGUUCUUUACAAGUAGGCUGAUUAUGACCAUGCUUUUUACACUUGUUCUUUAGUUGUAUUAUAGGAUUUGUUUUAUAUCCAGUGUAAUCUUCUUAGCUUUAGCAGCUGUCAAAUAUUAAGUGGCAAAGUAUGUUUUAAUGUGAAGACUAAAACUCUGCUUACUGCUCUUGUUGGAGUAAUCAAUGUAGAUUUAAUGAUCACACAACAGGGAUAAAUAGUAUAUGUAUAUCUGUGGUCUUUCUACCAAUGCAGACCUGCUUGCAGUAACUCACUGUGCAUCACUUGCUUAUUGUUGCUUCUGUGACUUUUUUUCUUUUCUGUAUCAGUUGUCAAUUAAUAAAAGAAGUGUUCAUCAUA